AUGAGCAGUAUUACAACUUUGAGGUGUGUACUUGACCUCUCUAAGUGUCCUUUCAUUCAGGGAAAAAUGUGGUUUGCUCAGCCCAAGGAUGCUGGUUUUUCAUUUAGCCAUGGUAUCAAUCGUCAUUCGACCAGCCUCUGCGUUGUUGGAAGCACGAUCCCCACUCCCGACCCCGCUAUUAAGGAGAAGGCUUUCUGUGCUCUGGAUAACUUAAAUGCAAGGGUUGAAAACCAGGGCCAGAUUAAGAUGUCCAUCAGUGGAGUGUGUCGGGAGACUGUGUCACAUUGCUGCAACUCAUUUCUGCAGCGGGCCGGAUUCAAUUUGUUAAUAAGCAUGACAGUUAUUAAUCACAUGCUUGCCGAGUCCGUUUCAGACUUGAAGUUCCCUUUGAUAUCCGAGGGAAGUGGAUGUGCCAAGGUUCAGGUUUUGAAACUGUCGAUGGGUUUGUCUGAAAAGCCAGUCUUGGCAGGGGAAUCGCUGGGUGCCCAAACGCUGCUCUCAUUCGUGUCCCUCUUGAUCAGGAACGGAAACACACAGGCUCUCCCCGACACCCUGGCCUCUUAGAUGGCCGCCUCGAGCGGAGCGGAACGGAACGGGACGGAAUCCACCCAAAAGCCUGCUGGUGAACACACCCUCGUGUUCUCAUUCAAAGAGUCUGCAGUGGGUGCUGUUGGAGAUCCAGCCUUAGCCAGUCACCGCAUCACGGGGUGCAAGUUACACUUGCUACGUGGAGGACCACACUCUUCUGGGCCAGGCAGGGGUCCCCCCAGAGCUCGGAGUAACUUCUUGGUUUUGCAGUCUGCAGGCCGUGUGCGCUGUCGGUUACUCCCUUGCGGCCUUCCUCCUGCGGCAAAGGGAUCCUUUCAGCCGCCAGCCGUGGCUACGGAACAUCCUCUAAGAGCAUGGCGAGGGAGGCCUUGCCCGUGGCGGUCUCCCUGUCCAAGCCGGGCCGCUUUGUGGAGACCAGACACGUGUCGGGGCUCGUGCUGGAAACGCAUCUGUUGCCGCUUAGGUCGAAUUCUUUCCCAUUUACUCCUUCUUCUAUGCGAGCUGAUGGACGGAGAACCUGUGCGUCCACGAAGGACACGCCCCUUGUCUGUGCUGUGCUGACUUAACCUCAUCCACCCAGGCCUACGUUUGUAUGUAUCAUCAAUAAAGUUGUGCGCUUUGAUUGGCGAAAA